AUGGUUCCACAAGCUUUUCAAGGUUUGUGUCACAUUUUGCGGAGAGAUGGUGAUCUUCAAGACACACAGCGUGCCACGGUUAAAGAGCAAGUUGGCAAGUUUCUUCACAUGCUAGCACAUAAUCAGACAACUCAGGAUCAAUUCCUUCGACAACCUGAUGGAACCCAAGUGCUACUUGAAAUACUACAAAGUAGUAGGUUCAACCCAUAUUUUAAGGAUUGUAUUGGGGCACUUAAUGGAACACAUGUUCGUGUCAAAGUGUCUAAUGAGGAUGCAUCAAGAUAUCGGGGUAAGAAGGGUUACACAACACAAAAUGUGUUGGCGGGAUACAUGAAUAGAAGUCGUCUGAUUGCACCUUAUAGGGGAGUGCGUUAUCAUUUAAAAGAGUACGUUGUUCGUCCCCUUGAAAAUGCUAAAGAAUUGUUUAAUUUACGACAUGCGUCAUUGCGUACUGUUAUUGAAAGAGUAUUUGGUGUAUUUAAAAAGAGAUUUCCUAUCAUAGCAAGUACUAUAGAGCCUAAUUAUUAUGUUGACACACAAAAUGAAAUCAUUUUAGCAUGUUGCAUGCUUCAUAGUUAUUUAAUGGGUGUUGAUCCUAAUGAAAGUCUUAUUGCUAAAGUUGAUGAAGAGGUUUUGUAUUCUCAUCAUGAACGUGUGGCCCCUACUCCAAGAGAAGAUGAUGAAAGACAUUGA